AUGGCGAUUGAUGGGACGCCCUGUCAUCUCCAUGGGAGAGACUUGUGCAUCAGUGGACGUUGUCAACAUGUUGGCUGUGACUGGGUUCUGAAUUCGAAUGCACAGGAGGACAGGUGUGGUGUGUGUCAUGGGGAUGGAUCAACCUGUAUGACAAUCAAGGAUCAAUUUAAUGAAACAAAAGGAAGUGGUUACCAAGAAGCAAAAAUCAUUCCAACUGGUGCACGUAAUAUUAUGGUGGCUGAAGUGGAGUCAGCAGAAAAUAAUUAUUUGGCUUUGAGAAAUAACAAAGGCGAAUAUUACCUCAAUGGGAAUUGGUACAUUCAGUGGAGCGGAGACUACCAAAUUGCUGGAACCACAGUUCAUUAUGCCCGCAAAGGAAAUGUGGAGAGUUUUAAUGCACCAGGGCCUCUCAAAGAACCAUUGACCAUUAUGUUGCUGCUGCAGUCAAAAAAUGCAGGCAUAGAAUUUGAGUAUACGGUUCCCACAGAAAACGCAACUCAAAGAAUUCCCGAAUUCUCUUGGCAAUACACUGACUGGUCCCAUUGUACCUCUUCCUGUGGUGUAGGUGACAUGAGUGGGCUAUACAACAUUAUCUAUCUAUCUAUCUAUCUAUCUAUCUAUCUAUCUAUCUAUCUAUCUAUCUAUCUAUGUCAACCUAUUCAUUAUUUAUCUAUCACAGUCCAUAUCUAUCUAUCUAUCACAAUUCAUAUUUAUCUAUCUAUCUCGCUAUCUGUCUCAUUCAGUCUAUUCAUAUCUAGCUAUCUAUCUCAACUUAUUCAUUAUCUAACACAGUUCAUAUCUAUCUAUCUAUCUAUCUAUCUAUCUAUCUAUCUAUCUAUCUAUCUAUCUAUCUAUCUAUCAAGGGGGUGUACACAACGGUCUGUUAUAAUCUGCACAGAAAUGGAAGCAGGACGAGUUGAUGAUAGUUACUGCAAUGCUACCACAAAACCAGACGAUAAACAGAGGACUUGUAAUGAGCACCUUUGUCCUUCCAUGUGGUGGAAAGGACGUUGGCAGCAUUGCUCAGUGACCUGUGGCUCGGGCAUCCAGAGACGAACAGUGAUGUGUGUCAGGAGCCUUGGAGAUGAAGAGCAGAUUGCUUUGGAUGACUCGGCAUGUGCAAGUCUGAAGCGGCCAGUCAGUGAGAAGACUUGUCAUCAAACAGAUGUGCUUUGUCCAAAGAUUAGUCGAUGGAUUAGCAGCCCUUGGGAUGAUAAUUUAUCUAUUUCUGAAUCUAUCUAUCUAUCUAUCUAUCUAUCUAUCUAUCUAUCUAUCUCAGUCUAUUUUAUUCUAUCUAUCUAUCUAUCUAUCUAUCUAUCUAUUUAUCUAUCUCAAGUUUCUUCUUUAUCUAUUGAUGUAUAUAUGUAUCUAUCUAUCUAUCUAUCUAUCUAUCUAUCUAUCUAUCUAUCUCAAUCUGUUUCUAUCUAUCUAAUUCUAUUCAGUUCUGUCUGUCUAUUUCUGUCUGCUUCUAUCUAUCUAUCUAUCUAUCUAUCUAUCUAUCUAUCUCAAUCUACAUGCAAUCAGAAUCCAUGUGGCUGGAAGAAAAGACAAGUAGUAUGUGAAGACCCAAUUUUAGGCUGCAAAAAUGCAACCAAACUUGUAUCUAAAAUUCGCUGCAGUAACAUCACUUGUGGAAACUGGACAGUUGGUGAAUGGUCUGUGUGUACCAGAAGUUGUGGUGGAGGAGUACAAUAUCGCAGAGUUGCCUGUAUUGGCAGCAAGCAUUGUGAUCUUGAGGUAGAACCCAGCUCAGAAGAGAGCUGUAAUCUCCAGGCAUGUACAACACAGGCUCCCUCCACUACAACAAGCACUCCGGCUAAAACUAUCAAAGAAGAACAAAACAAUGCCAGUUCGCUUCCAAUGGACGAGCAGGAAUUGGACACAAUGUGA